AUGCGGAAAGUGAAGCCCAACUUCAUCACUCUGCACUAUGGUUGGAUCAUGGCUUGCGCCCUCAUGGCGUUUCCAGUUCUGUAUCCCUAUGGCAAUCUAGACGCUGUUGACGCCUUCUUCUUUGGCGCCAGCGGAUCUACGGAGUCAGGGCUUAACACCGUCGAUGUCAAAGACCUCAAGACAUAUCAGCAGGUCUACAUAUAUGUCAUCCCAACCAUCACGAACAUGGUUUUUAUCAGCAUUGCUGUCGUUGUAGUGCGCCUCUACUGGUUCCGUCGCCGCCUGGGGAGCUUCGUGCGCACCUACGACAGACAUGAUGAAGAAGCUCGCCAGGAGAAACGAUCGCUCGACGAGGAGCAAGAUGCUAAACAGCGCUCUACAGACCCUUCUAUUAAUAGUCCUGCUCAGCGGCCUACAGACCAAGAGGGCGCAGUCACUUCGGCCCUCGAUGACACUGACCUGAGCCUUCCCCUUGGGAGACGCACUGCGAUUACCUUUGACGGGAGGGUCGGUGAGCCUUACCUGCUCCGGCAGGAGCCUGAUGGACAAACUUUGCAUAUCCCUGGACCACGACAGCGCGACGCGGGACAGCCCCUAGUCGAGAUUAGCACCGCCUACAAACGAAGACGCAACAGCGAUGACGUGGACGCCAUCAGACCAGCCCUGCAACGAACUUCCAGUGCGCUGAGUAGCGUCAGUGGCCUGUCUCGUCGUCGUCCUUACAAAUUCAGUGCCAACCAACCCGCGUUAAUGACCACCCGCUCCCUCGAGCGUGCCGCCACUUCGAUCCUUGCCUUGGGACAUACCCCCCCUCCCCCUAAACACAAGUCUUCCAGUGUACUACCCACUGAACCCAAAACGCUGGAUCUCCCACAUUUGACCCGCCAGGUUACGGUUGGGAGAAACUCCCGGUUUUAUAACCUGACUAGCACCGAUCGUGAAGUUCUUGGCGGCAUUGAGUAUCGCGCUCUUAAGCUACUGCUUAAGUUUAUACUGGGCUAUUUCUUUGGACUUCACCUCUUUGGUGUCGUGUGCCUACUUCCUUGGAUCCACAAUGCCCCCCAAAAAUACUUAGAGUGGCUCGAAGAGUGCGGCAUAGGGAAAACCUGGUGGGCUUUCUAUUCCGCUCAGACUAUGGGAAAUAACCUUGGCUUCACUCUUACUCCGGACUCAAUGGCAACUUUCAAAGAUGCGACAUGGCCAAUGCUAUGCAUGACCUUUAUGGCUUUUGCAGGCCACACAUUCUAUCCCGUCUUUCUCCGUCUUGUUCUCUGGUCUACAUCGAAACUAGUGCCUAAGGACUCGGCUAUCAAGGAGGACCUACAGUUCUUGCUCGACCAUCCCCGCCGGUGCUAUAUACUUCUUUUUCCGAGCAAACCGACAUGGAUUCUCACAGGCGUAUUGUUCAUUCUGAAUUUCGUGGAUGUCCUCUUAAUUAUUGUCCUCGACUUAGACAAUCCGGCCGUUAAUGACCUCCCCAUGGGACCACGCAUUCUUUCCGCCUUGUUCCAGGCAGCCUCAUCUCGUCACUGUGGCACCUCGACUCUGUCUCUAGCUUCUGUCAACCCUGCUGUGCAGUUCAGUCUGCUUGUCAUGAUGUACAUUGCAAUCUUCCCUAUUGCGAUCAGUGUCCGCGCCUCCAACACCUACGAGGAGAAGUCCCUUGGCCUGUACGAAGCUGAGCAGAGCCCUGACGAAUCCGACCCCAAGACCUACAUCAAGGCACACAUCCGCAACCAACUGUCCUUUGAUCUCUGGUAUAUCUUCCUGGGCACCUUCAUAAUCUGCAUCGGUGAGGCUGGACGGAUCAUGGACGAGAGCGAGCCUGCGUUUUCCGUGUUUCCCGUCAUUUUCGAAUGUGUCUCUGCAUAUGGCAACGUCGGGCUGUCUCUGGGACACCCGGCCGUCUAUACCUCCUUUUCCGGCCAGUUUACCACAUUUAGCAAGGUAGUACUCUGUCUCAUGAUGAUUCGUGGACGCCACCGCAUGCUUCCCUACGCUCUUGACCGUGCCAUCAUGCUACCCAGCGACUCGCAACUCACCGAGGGGUUCGACAUACCGAGUGAAAGCGACGACGAGGCCACAGCCCCGGAGGAACCAGCGAACUGUUCACUGCAGGCAGGAACGGCUAACCCUCAUGCAAGGAGUCUGCACGGACCCAAACCCCCCUCCAACCACAUGCGAUCAAUCUUGAUGCCACGUCUCCUGGAGAGGCAGGGAAUACGGUGGAUGGUCAUGGCUGCCUCAUGA